CACAUCGUGGGUUUCGGAUACCUGAUCGACAAAACUAAUAUCCGAGGGGUUAAUUUAAACACUCCAUCUCUGAAGAGAGGGAACAACGUGGUUGUACGCGAGAAAGGGAUUCGAAGAAGCCUGCGAGUACGGCGUCAGGAGAUCGCGGGGCCCUCCUCUGAAAAAAGGGGCUCCGCACGAGAAGGGGCACGUAAACGUACCCCUGGACCCGUCGUGGUGUUGUCCGCCGGGGGUGGCGGUGGUGGUGGGGGCGGAGGUACCGGUACCACCUGGGGUCGAGGUAGCCGGGGCCGUGGCAGAAGUCGCGGGGGCGGCGCGAGCCUUCUUGGUUCAGGCGUCGCCCCCGCGAAUUACUCUCCAGGACUGCAGGGCGUAGCGCCUGAGCUACGGGAAGUAGUAAAUAUUCUUGGCGAGAGGAACCAGGUUGGCACACUCACAGGCGUGGGACCACCUCCGGGAACCUUGGACAACGAUGGCCAAGGCGACGAAGAGGAAGGUGCUCCGACGAAAAGACCACCAAGACCUCUCUACAGGAGGUUGAUCAAUUACGUUCGACAGGCGUGGACCGGCGUGAAAUUCGCUUUAGACUCGGAGUACGAAGAGGAACAGACCCCGAGAUACAGACCAGACUCGUUGGCGAGUCUUUGUCGAGCUACGAGAUUCACCGAGGCAGAGCUGAAGAGAAUAUAUCGUGGCUUCAAGGCAGAAUGUCCCACGGGAGUCGUCAGAGAGGAAACUUUCAAGUGCAUCUACUCACAGUUCUUUCCGCAAGGAGCCAAUACUAGCCAGUAUGCACAUUACGUUUUCAACACCUUGGACCAGGAUCAUAGCGGUAUUCUCAGUUUUGAGGACUUCGUUACUGGUCUCAGCAUACUGUCUCGUGGUUCCAUCGACGAGAAGCUGCGCUGGACGUUUUCCCUUUACGACAUCAAUGGCGACGGUUGCAUCACAAGGGAGGAAAUGACGGACAUCGUGACAGCUGUAUACGAGCUGAUGGGGAAAUUUUCUGACCCGAAUAUGGACCAUGAGGGUGUGCGAGAAAAAGUAGAUCGAAUGUUUCAGAAGAUGGAUGGGAACAAAGAUGGAGUGGUGACGCUGUCGGAAUUCUUAGAAGCGUGUCGCGCCGAUCCCGAUAUUUCAACGAGUAUGGCUGCUUUGGACACGGCCUUCUGACACUCGGCGCGACCACGAUACAUGCCAUGGACCUAAAGAGUUUCUUUUGAUUUAGGAAUAUAUCGCUCAACGUUGUACCUUAUCUCCUGGACCAGGGGAAUUUCCUCAAGGUUAUUACGAAGAUUUCGACCGAGAGAUAGACUCGCCGAAUCUCGAAUUUCCGACGUCGAAACGCCUCGAAGGAAAACGAUGUACGAUUACGAACGAAUGAUGUAUGAUCCGGUUGGAACAAAAGCGUCUAUUAUUAAGUGAAAUUCGUAGCGUUUAUCAGGUGAAAUUCAAAGACGAUGUUUGCAUGUAUCGAAUUAUUUUCUACGUAGGUUUAUUCAACAACGUAUACAGAGUGGGGCAAAAUUCAGAUUGCUACAAACAAGAUCAGAGAGGAUAGUAUACGGUUGAAAAUGAAGCGAAAAUCAGGAAUAACAGGCUUCGUUUUCAGGGAAAAUACAUUUGAAAAUCAAUCUAGUACGCGUACAAUCGAUUGAUGACUGGCGUUAUACAAUAGAUCUCGCUGCAGACAGCUACCUACUGUCACUGUUCUUGUACACGAUACAAUGUCAACUGUCAAUUCCUAUCGGACAAGAGACAUGGCGAUGAUCGUAUAUAAUUUUUGCAUUGGAAGCUUAUGGUGGAAAUACAUCUGCUGCAUCCUGUAUACCAUGCGAUGUGUCACGUCACGUAUUUUCAAUUAGUGUAACAAUUUGGUCAUUGUCGAGCAUAUAAUACCGGAACGUCGAUCAGAUUUUCCACUUCUGAACCAAUCUAGCCAUUUCGAAACGAUAUUCUCAGCUACAGCAGCGUCUCUAUAAACGAUACAUAUCUUUUUUACUGUUUGUACGACGUUUCUUCUCAUCUAUAUUAGCAGAGCGUCGAACGACGAAAAUGCACUUUACUUUCCUUCGGCUUUACUUUUAACGUAAACACGCUCAAAUUGCAGAGAAAGACGCGUUAACCAGUUAACAGCGGAAUUUAGUUUUAAAAGUUCCAUACAGGCAAUGACGAGUAUAUACGUCGAACGCAAAAGCUUAUAAAAAUUUUACUCGAUAUUUUUUAAUUUUUAUUCGAUAAAAGAUUCACAAUUCAUUGUUGAAAAGGGUAUUAUUAUUAAAAAUUGUUUAAUUGCCAAAAAAUAAUUCAGGGAAUAGCCGCUAUACGCAGUAAAGUACAGAGAUGGAGAUACAUUGGAGAAAAUAAUCAGCUGAAUUUAUAAAGAGCAAUACAUUAUACGAAGCAUAACACGGAGAAUAAUCAAAUAAUCAAACUGUUCUUUUAUAAAAUACACAACAGUUUUACUAUAAAGGAAACCUACCGCUAAAUGUCAUUCAUGUUACUUUUUACUAAGAUUUUGAAUUUUUACAGUAAAUGGUAAUUUUUUAGUUUACAUGACGAGUAUACGCGUCAACCGCAGAGAAAUAAAGUUUUGGAUUGACGCGUGUACAGGUUGAACGUAGUUAGCUGGUUAAAAUGUCAGAAUGCGGCGAAACGUUAGAGAACGUGUAACAUGUGCUUCAUUUUGAAAUGGUGACGUUUCAUGCGUUCAUCAGGUCGCUGUGGAAAAACGCUACGAACUUUUGUUCCAACCUACACACUUUUUUUCUGUAACAUGGUCGCGUUAAAGAACCCUUUCAAACCGAAGAUCACGAAAUGGUCCUAAGAAUAGAAGAGAUUGUACUUUCGAUAUUCGUAGUUCUAGUUGUCCAGUGUGCGUUUCGCUAGGUAAGGAAGGAUUAGAUGAGAGGUGAAUAAGAAAAGCGUUAAACGAGAAAAAACAAAAAACAAAAAACAGAUAAUAUACCAUAUGAUCGUUAGUAGUUAUGAUCGGAACUUGUUGUCCGAACUGUGUCCAACAGUUCACUUUUUAAAGAACGCGCGCUACAAACGAUGAACAACUAUGCAAAUUUAGAGAAAGCAAAAAUAAUAAAAUGAGGAAAGAAGCAACUGUGCCAUUGAGACUUGACGUAAAUUGUACGUGGCAUUCGGCAUUAUUCGUGCCAAAAAAUACAUAUAUUAUAGUUCUAUAGGAAAGAUAUAAAAGAAAGAAAGAAACACAGACAUUUGUGUGGAAAUAAUUGAGCUUAACUUACAUUUGUUUCACCUUUAUGUUCUUUACUUAAACAACAAAUGUAUUUUGACGAAGAAGAAAAGGAAGAAGGAGAAACAUCUUCACUUUAGCUGAUAUUUUAUAUUGAAAAACACGCAUGCACGGUAACAUAUGGAUUCUUAACGACUUACGAUAACGACGUAGUCUAGUUUUCUACGACGACCAUAUUUUUUUACGAGGCUAUUGCUCGUUACGUCGAAGCAUAGCUUUUACAUUUACAUUUUAUGUAUUAAACUAUCCGUUCGCGUAGAGAUUCACGCUGUUUUUAAAUGCAAACGAGGCGUUUCUUUUUAUUCGCGUGUCAUCAUUGCCGAGAAUACCACAAAAACUGUCCCUCGUUUCGUUUCAUUUUUGAUACCACCAUCGUUUCUUGUGAGAGCGAGCAUUCCUAAUUCUCCAGAGCCGCGAGAAAUCUCAAACUUAAUUCGUAUUUGAUAUAAAACGAUCAUAGAUUUUAUUCGUCGAUUUGCGAAUUACCGGUAGAUUUUUUUAGUUUGCAAGACGAGACAAUGUAGCGAGCGGAGAUAGGUCACGUAUUCGUCGCAAGGUGUUCUUCCCAGCGUGGCAAAUAAAAACGGGUAGCAGUAAACGUUGAGUACGAUUUUUAACGAUAAUAAGACACACGAAUCGACACGUUGAACCUGUUCGGUACGAACGUCGAUAAAGUCAAUCGCGAUAAUAAUUGCUACGCCUGUACGAUGUCAUCAGAUGUUACAUGGCGGACGAGCGCCGUACCGAAAAGGUUGAUCGAAACGCGCGACAGAAUUUAGUAAAGGAAAACCGGUCGGCGAGAGUACACGAAGAGAACAAAGAGAAAAAAAAAGAGAGAAAUAAUUAGCAUGAGACACGUAGAAAGUAUAACAAAAAAAGAGAUAUCGUAAAAAGCCGCUAAAACAGCUGGCCAUGUUAAGCGGGACUCGUUGUUUCUAGUACGUAAGCAAGUAGAUUAAGCGAUAUAAUAAAAGUAUUUAUUUUUGUGACAGGUAAAUGAAUUAUUAAUCGUGGUAAGAAUUUAGCUCGUAAAGACUGCGUGCUGCUAAAGAGAGAGAACGAAACGGAAAGAUGGAUGGUCAGGGAAGAGAACAAAAUCGAGAAAGAAAUAGAGAAAAAAGUGGUGAAUACGAGAAAGACAGAGGAAAAAGAAAGAAACGCGGGAACAGUCUAUUGAUUUCCCAUUCAAAAGAUCUUCGAUCAGCAACCUACGAUACCGAAUUUUAUUGUAAUUACUAAAGUUUUGCGAUGACUAGACCAAAGCGUCCGCGACGGGCAAUGACGAUUGCCCAGCGAAAUAUAUUUAAUCAUUUUCCAUCACUGCCUACUUCUGAUUAACUUGUAAAUAAUGUCGGUAAACUUGAACGAACGGAAUAAAACUCGCGAUGCAUCGAAAACUUCGGAUCUACUAUAAAGUUCGACGCGUCUUGAGAAAAAGGAACAAGACAUAAGCGAAAAAGCAACGGAACAGUCCGAAGGACCGCUAGUCAAACUUUCUUUUCUAUCGUACAUUUGUGAUAAAAUGUUACGCGAAUCGUGAAACAACCAUAUGCUUCUUUUGACAUCGAAUUCGCGUUAUAACUCUCUGUUACUUAAUUUUCCUAGCAGCGAUACGAAAACAAAAAAUUGCACGAUGCAUCGAUAAGAAACGUGGCUAUAAGCAAGAGGAAAAGGAAAAUCGUGAAUGAAUACUUCAUGGAAACGGGAAUUUAAUGGAAAGGACACGGAAAUAGAUCCCGCGCAGAUCUAGUGCAGAUUUUUAGCAGCGCCUACACUUAGACGAUAAGACUUACGUAUAAAAAGUGAGGCAAGCAUUUCAAGGCGUUGCCUCGUAUCAACUCGAUCACUACCGCAUGUCUUUGAAGUUACUGAAGUAAGUAUAGAAAAGACAAAUGGAACGGCGUAAUUAUGUUAUCUAGAUAUUUUCAACCCCAACCAAACGUAGAAACUAGAUGUCAGAGAUGAAGCGUGAAAUGUCUCACGCCCACGCCACGUUGAUUGAGAAUACGAUAGGUCUAAUAGGUUGUUAGGUUUCCUAUUUCCCAUUGAUUCGAGUAUCGAAGUAAUUUUAUUAUUUUUUUAAGACGAAAUUCAGCUAGUCGUACAAACCCAAAAAGAAAAAAUUAUGUAAAGUGGCACACAAAUUGAAAGCGUAAUGAUGCUAUUUCAAAAACACACUGUUGUCUCGAAAGCACAAUUUCAUUGUAUCAUGUUAACUCUAUCCUAUACUUAGUCAACUCGCGUGCAUGUUUUUUCGUACACGUAUACAUAUUAAAUAUGCGAUUAAAAACACGAUCGUAUUCACAUACAUACAAAGCGCGUACACGCGCCAACCAUACAUCAUCACUAACAGUAAAUUGUCUUGUCUUACUUAUAGUGUGUCUAGAGCAUUGCGUCUGUAAGAUCUUGUAUCUAUGAUUAGAAAAACUUGACCGAUAAACAGCAACUACUGUACCAUUAUCGGUCGUUAGCCAAAAUUAUUAUAUACGUAUUUGACGUGUCUUUUAGAACGCCUUGAAAGCGAGGUAACGCAUGUAAGAAAAAAUCAGAGAAAUACUCUCAAUUAACGGAAAAGGAGCUUACAACAAGAUGAAAAUUGAAUCUCUCGACGACAGGUGCUACAGCGUUACUUAAAAAUUUGUAUCAUAUUAGGUCGUCCGAAAAGUUUCUUUCGUUCUAUAAGGAAAUAAUGGAUGCACAUUUUCCGUUUUAUAUUAUUUUAUCGAAUUACGUAUGAUUUAUUUUGUUCUAUCGAAAUAAAGAUCGCAACGUUCGACAGAUUAGGUUUCAUGUUUGUACGAAGUAAAAGACGUGUCUGUAAAAGAAAGACACUUUUCGGGCAACCUAAUACAUGUUACAUAUGCUAUGAAGGAUACUGGAAAGGAUGUUCCUUUUUCAAACGAUCUCGCAGAGUAUUUUUCUGGUAUUUUUCCUAAGGACCAGAAUUCAUAUUUUUUAGGAUGCGAUCAAGGAAAAGUAUGGAAGACGUUUUUCUUAAGUUGAUCGAUGUAGACAAUAAAAACAGGCUCGAAACGUUGCAUCGAAAUCGUUUCUACGUGCAUGCAUCACUCGAGCGUUCGUGACUUUCAUUCUAUAUAAUUUCAAGCAAAUAGAUGAUCAUUAUAACGCAAAUAGCGCCAACUUUCCAAUACUAAAGAGCCAUUUAACCGUCUGUAGCGUCGCGAUCUUGCUUUCGUCGCAUUCGUGUAAAUGGUCCGCAAGAUUCUUGCUACUGCGUUACCACACACCUUACAUAAAUAUUUUCAACCAGCUUAAACAUCUUUUCUCAUUUUGUAUUUCAUGUUAUUUGGAAUUCUUGUGCAUUUCGAGUAUCUAUCUCUCGUAUGAUAUUUCAGUGUUACAUUUCAUACACGAAAGGGAAUAAAAUAUCCAAAAGAAAGUGUCGUACUAAAGUUCACGGAUAUUGGUCACUGAAGGCCAUUAAGGGGAAUAUCUACCGUGCUAUUUCCACGUCGGUUAUGCUUUCCUCAACUAUAUUAUUCCGUCUGGCUAUCUCAAAGGCCAAGUCGAGAUGUGUUCCGUUCACUUCUUAAUGCAUCGCUCCACGAGCAAGCGCUCGAGCAUGCGUCAGAUGUACGAUUUUCUCUCGAUCGUUGCUCAAAAAUGGCUCCAGCCAACUAGUGUCCAUGAACUCUUCUGUUAUAUUAUAACUGGAAACGGUGUUUAAAAUAGGUAUAAUCGUCAAUUUUAUAUUAAAACGAUUAAUAAUAGACGAGUAAUAAUGGCUCGAAAGUAUUCUUCACGACGUAACGUAAUGGCAAGCAAUCUUGCGUUCUAGGUAUAAAAGAUUCAUACGUUAAAAUUAGGAGGAUAUGUAAUGGAACGCAAAAUUUAAUAUAAAAUUGAUUACCUAAGUUUUCAUCGUGGCACUUUUAGCGAGAAAAAUAUAACGAUAAUUGAUAUGAGAACUUGUUCAAUUGGCUCUAUUUUAAACGACGAAAGGAUUCGUGAGGGAUACAAAAUAUUAUGUAAUAUCUCGUCUAUCGUAACGUAGGCACAUACUAUUCGAAUAGGAUUCAAUGAUCUUUCUCUAUACGAAAUCUAUCUCCUUCUCGAUAGCUACUCGCAUCUUUAUCGAGAAUAUUUUCGGUGGUAUCUACUAGAAGUAGUAUUAUAACUGCUGGACAGAGAAAUCGAAAGGGAAUUGAUUCGUUUAAAGGGCUCGGUGUCCCAUAAAAGGAAAUCAACUAAGGCGACGAAAGAUGUUUAAAGUUUAAAGGGUCAUUGAGCCGAUCACGGCCAAUAUGAGUACUCACAGAAAGCUACUAAAUAAAACAGUGGAAGAUUGUGGUCGGGCUGUGCUUGUAAUGGCUGACAGAUGGUCCAAACGUAUAGGUUAUGUAUUCAUUAAGAAAAGAAUAUUAAUCGAGGACAUAAAAAUAUAACUGACUGUGUUACACGGCGCACGAAAAAACCAUGUACCAGAAGAAUUACGCGUUUACACAAGAAAGUUUAGAUAAGAAUUGGAGAUACCUUACUCUUAUAAAUCUUGUCCAAUCGAUUCUUUAGGAAACGUAAGGUUCAUUUCAAUGUAUUUUAACUUUCAAUCUCCUCGAGCGAAAUGGAGAAACCGUUCGCGCGCUGUACAAGAUUUCGCUAUUCCUAGGAGAUUUCUAAUUCGUAUAGAUUCGAAUGCAUCCGAGACUAAACGCCAAUAUCAAAAUCCCUUACUGCUCAACUCAGUGAAUGUUAAAAAAUGAAUGGAGAUGACACUCUCGGUUAUUUAUUAUGCAACUUAACAAUUUAACUCAACCAUCCUAACUUCGACUAAUAGUAGCAAUGACAACCGAUAUACAUUUUCCGCGAGGCGAAAUGUUGUUCACGAGUACGUGAUAAUUACUCGAAUCACGAAUAUUAGAGGGAAGAAAUUGGGUAACAUCGCGUGCACGCAAAGAAAGUUAAAUAAUCAUACGUUUUUCAUUAUUAAACAGCGUUAGUAUCGAUCUUUUCAAUGUAACCUACGUGUAUAUGUAAUACCUCGGAUUAAUUGUUUAAAUAGUUUGAAAGUUGAAGAGGUAAGACGAUAUGCGUGUUUUCAGGCACCGUGCACUGAUCACAGCAAGUUGACAAAACAAAUACUUAUACGAUAUGUUACAAGUAAAGAAAUUUAAACAAAGAAAAUGAAGAAAGAGAGGGAGAGAGAGAGAGAGAAAGGUAAAAAUAUUCAUACGAUGGUAUAUUUUCAGUGUAAAGAAAAUAUAUAUGUAAUAUAAUCCGUGGUAAUAACUACGUAUAUCUUGUAGCUUUAACGUACCGAUGGAAGCGAUCUUCUUUAUGAAAGUUUUGAAAAUUUGAAAUUGAAAAGAGUAAACGGUGUAAAAUAAUCACAAAAGCUAUACGCUGAAAAUAAAUUCAUAUUUUUCUUUUAAUGACAUAGAGGAGGACUUGUUUCCGAUCGGUACAAGCAUAUAAUCGGAUUAUUCGUUUGAAUGUUGAUUGUUAAAUGUUAGGAUAGAGAACUUUAAGAAACAAAUGCCCAGUCUACAAGCAUCGUGCAUCGGAAGUAUGUUUCGUUGCGUGUGGAAUUCUGUUGCACCAGUCAAAUUCUUUCAUCGAAAUGGAAACAUCGAUCGUUUUUUAAUUUUGCUUUAAAUAUACGUUCUCGGAAACUUUAAUCGUGUAAUUUUCGCGUGUCACGUAUCGUCUAAUAUGCAUAUAUUGGCAAUUAAAAAUUAAUGUUACUUUGUUAUUUACACAUAUCGUUAAAAAAUUUGUGUCAUGUAUAAUAUCGAUUAUUCUAUUAAAAACUUAUAAUAUUA